CACGAUCAUGUCUCCUCCUCUGAAGAAAAUCAGAAGACUCUCUUCUUUCAUCGGCAGCAAGCCACCACGAGAAGACAACUACGAUCCAUCGUCGCCGUCACUUUUGUCGUUGCCCGACGAAAUCGUUUUGCAGUGCUUACUCCGCCUUCCAAAAAUUUAUGACCGAAACCUCUCUUGCGUUUCAAAAACCCUAAGGUCUCUUGUUCGGUCUCCUGAGCUCCACCGUUUGCGAUCUUUGCUCCCAAAAGACUCCACCUAUGUCUCCUUCCUCAAUGGUGAUUUGUUCACUCUCCGUCCGAUUCAGGAGACGAAAACGAAGACUGAGUAUCGAUUGAUUCCGAUUAGGUUUCCUUCUCAUCCUUUUAGGUACCAUUCUACACCCGUCGCGGUCGGGUCGGAGAUCUUCUUCGUUGGUGGAUCAUCCAAACCUUCUUCGGAUCUUUGGAUUCUUGAUACUUGUUCUAGAGAGUUAACUCAAGGACCAAGCAUGAAGGUGGCUCGAAUUGGCCAAGCCGUUGUUGAAGUAAUCAACGGGAAGAUUUACGUGAUCGGAGGUUGCUUAAACAAGAUCCAAGUAGAGGUUUUCGAUCCAAAAAUGCGGAGUUGGAAAGUCGCUGAGAGUCCUAUAGAGAGAAUUUAUUCCGGAUUGACGAAGCGGAUAAGCGCGUCACUUGAUUGGAAGGUUUAUUCUGUCGAUACUGGGAGAAUCAAUGUGUAUAAUGCAAGAGAAUGUGGAAGAUUGGAGACAAUGCAGAUGGCAAGUGAUGUUGUAUGGUGUAUGUGUGUUGUUGCUGAUUUACUCUAUGCUUACUUCUUUAAUGUUGGGUUGAUGUGGUUUGAUGCAAAGCUUAAGAUAUGGAGAAGAGUAAAUGGUGUUGGUGGUGGUGAUGUGAAGAGACAUGAAUCAUGUCACAUGAUGUUAAGUUUCACGAAGCUGUAAUGACGGAAUACAAUGGGAAACUAGCGGUUUUGUGGCCCGAGAUUAAUUAUCCUAGGACCGAGAGAGAGAUUAGGUGUGCUUUGAUCACAUUGGAUUGGAUUG